UCACGUGACCUCGCAGUCUGUGAACAUGGCGGCCACCAGUGACAGCUCGGGCAGCUCCGUGAGGAAAAGACGCGUCGACAGCAGUAAGACGGAGACUAAGUGUGCCGACAGCAGCGAAGAAAAUGAAGCGGACUCCGGCAAAGACACCGAGAAAGAAAAGGAGCUCCAGCGGCUACACACCGGGACGUACUGGCUCACUCGUAUCGUGCUGCUGCGCUCCGUCGCCUUUAUUUACUUGGUGGCCUUCAGCGUCGCUCACAAUCAGAACAAGCAGCUGAUAGGUGAGCACGGCCUGAUGCCCUGCAAGAACUACCUCAACAGCGUCAAGCGCUAUGUGGGGGGAAAGAUAGGCAUGGCCGCCUUCGCGUACACACCCUCCAUCCUCUGGUUGUUAGACUGGAGCGACAUGGACGCCAACCUGGACGGCAUCGCCCUGGCAGGGAUGGCCCUGUCUGCAUUUGUCCUGGUGACGGGAAUGGCCAACAUGGUGAUCAUGGGCACGCUGUGGGUGCUUUAUCACUCUCUGGUCAACGUGGGACAGCUGUGGUAUUCCUUUGGUUGGGAGAGUCAGCUGUUGGAGACGGGGUUUCUGGCCAUUUUCCUGUGUCCGCUGUGGACUCUGUCUCAGGUUCCCCGCAACUGUCCGCCCUCCCUCAUCUGCAUCUGGACCUUCAGAUGGCUCAUUGUUCGCAUCAUGCUCGGAGCUGGUCUCAUUAAGAUCAGAGGCGACAAAUGCUGGAGAGACCUCACCUGCAUGGACUACCACUACGAGACCCAGCCGGUUCCUAACCCCAUGUCGUACUACAUGCAUCGCUCCCCGUGGUGGUUCCAUCGCUUCGAGACGCUGUCCAACCACCUCAUCGAGCUCAUCUUCCCGUUCUUCACCUUCCUGGGCAGGCGGAUGUGUAUGGUCAAUGGAGCCGUCCAGAUCCUGUUCCAGGUGGUUCUGAUAGUGAGUGGGAACCUCAGUUUCCUCAACUGGCUCACCAUUGUUCCCAGUCUGGCCUGUUUUGACGACGCAUCGCUGGGCUUCUUGUUUCAGUCCAGAGGGGGAGCCAAGAAGGCGGUGCUCGAGAUACAGAAUGAGGGUGCAGCUGGACAGACCCCCACACCAACCAAAGGUAUGCUGAUGCGUCGGGUGGUGAACGUUUCUCUGGCGGUUCUGAUUGGCUACCUGAGCAUUCCCGUGGUGCUGAACCUGCUGAGUUCCAGGCAGAUGAUGAACACGUCGUUCGAGCCGCUCCGCAUCGUCAACACCUACGGGGCCUUUGGCAGCAUUACCAAGGAGCGUACAGAAGUGAUCUUCCAGGGCACUCUGAGCCAGGAUCCCAAGGACCCGGAGGCUGUUUGGGAGGAGUACCAGUUCCUGUGUAAACCAGGGGACAUUUACCGCCGACCAUGCCUCAUAUCGCCCUACCACUACCGGCUGGACUGGCUCAUGUGGUUCGCUGCCUUCCAGACCUACGAGCAGAGCGAGUGGGUGAUCCACAUAGCGGGACGUCUGCUGUCCAAUGACAGCACGGUCCUCUCUCUGCUCGACCACAACCCCUUCCAGGGUAGAGAAACUCCCAGGUGGGUUCGAGGGGAGCAUUUCAAAUACAAGUUCAGCCAGCCGGGCAGUUCCAGCGCAGCGCAGGGCAAGUGGUGGCUGAGAAAACGCAUUGGUGCUUACUUCCCUCCCGUGGACCUGGAAGGACUCAGAGGCUACUUUCAGUCCAGGAACUGGCCACAUCCACACAUACCACGUAACAGGAACUAAAGCCAUGGAGGAGAUCAGAUGCGAUUAGAUUUUCUCAAACUGAAAUGUUUUAUGGAGAACUUUUUCAUAAAGCCCGAUGUCAAACAUCAUGGCAUCUACAUGACUUAUCUAUUUGUCACAAAUAAUCACUGCCUUUUGUAUCUCAUAAAACCAGCUCAGUGAAUUUGAUUGUGACUGACUGAUCUUCCAAUAUUAAAAACGGUUCCAAAUCAAAUUAUGUUUACUCUUUGUUUUUUUCCCUCCAGUGAGGAUGGGAACAUUUUGGACAGGCUGAAAGCUUUGUGGCUGUGUCAGAACAGAUUUCCCUAUUUUCACUAUUGUUUGGCAGACAAGCUUUAAUUCACAGUAACUCGGUGAUGCAUUCAUAUUAUCUAGCAGCUAGCUUGCAAAUGCAACCUCAGAAUGGUUAGCUGGUCAACACUCAUGUCAACUUAAAGCUAUUGCUGUGUUGGUUUGGCCCGUAAAGAACCGAACACUUACUGUAGUACGCAGCUUCUCACCCAUAUCUAUGUGGCUGAUAAUCACUGAUAACUCCUAUUUAAUUGAGUCAUAAUAAAAAACACUGUCAACACUCAA